UCAACAAAAAAUUUAAAACUAUUAAACAAAAAUGAAUAACUUGAUCCAAUCUUACGAUUACGUUAUCAUCAAUACCACCCUGGCUGUCGUCGCAGGUCUUGCAAUUCUCUAUUUUUUCGUGUUUGCAAAGGCAAAGAAGCCUGAACAGGCCCAAGUUAAAAGCAGGGAUAUUAAACCCAAGAAUGCAGUUGUUUCUACUGAUAAAAUCGAGCAUGCAAAAGAUCAAACCACUAUUGCAAAAAAAACGGAUGCUUCCGCUAUCAAGGUUGCACAAGCUUCACUUGCACGUUAUGAAGAGACUGUAGCUGUCUCCACUAUGGUUGCCCAAUCUUUUAUUAAAUCAUUGCCUUUAUUGGUCAAGCCACAACCAAAGUCCUUUUUGGAAGAACUCGUUGCUGAUAAGCAAAUCGAUCAUCUGACAAAGCCUCGUAGUAAAAUUGUCGCCGCUAAGGUUGCUCCUGCUAUCCAACAACCUCAAGUCUCCGACUCAUUGGCCGCCCCUUGUAAUCCCAUUGAUAUUGCUGCUGAUCUUAAACCUCUCGAGACUGCUACUGUCCCUGAACAACAACCCAAGCCUUUCCUCGCCAACUACAACGCUACUGAAUCCAUCAUCGCCGCUGAUGCCCACCAAUACAUUCAUGCCUUACCUAAGCAACCCAAGCCUUUCCUUGCUGUUUAUAACAACACCGAAUCCAUGGUGACCGCAGAAGCCCAGCAAUAUAUCUCUGCUUUGCCCAAACAACCCAAGCCUUUCAUUGCUGCCUAUAACAACACCGAAGCUUCAAUUGCCUUAGAAAAUCAACAAUACGUCUCCGUGUUGCCCAAACAACCCAAGCCUUUCAUUGCUGCCUAUAACAAUACAGAAUCCACCACCGCUGCUGAAGCUAAACAUUAUAUUUCUGCUCUUCCCAAGCAACCCAAGCCCUUCAUCGCUAGCUAUAAUAGCACCGAAUCCACAACAGCUUUAGAAGCUCAACACUAUAUCUCUGCUUUACCCAAGCAACCCAAGCCCUUCAUUGCUGUUUACAACAACACUGAAUCCACCACUGCUGUCGAAGCUCAGAACUAUAUCAAGGCUUUACCCAAGCAACCCAAGCCUUUCCUUGCUACUUACAACAACACAGAAUCCGUCGCUGCUGUUGAAGCCCAGAGCUACGUCAAGGCUUUACCAAAGCAACCCAAGCCUUUCCUUGCUACUUACAACAACACAGAAUCCGUCACUGCUGUUGAAGCCCAGAGCUACGUCAAGGCUUUGCCUAAGCAACCCAAGCCUUUCCUUGCUACUUAUAAUAGUACCGAAUCUGCGAUUGCCGUUGAGGCACAACAAUACAUUGCUUCUUUGCCCAAGCAACCCAAGCCUUUUAUUGCUGCUUAUAAUAAUACUGAAUCCACUACUGCUGCUGAAAGCCAACAAUACGUACAGGCCUUACCCAAGCAGCCUAAGCCUUUCCUUGCUGUAUAUAACAAUACUGAAUCCAUCAUUGCUGCUGAAAGCCGCCACUAUGUGCAAGCUUUAGCUAAGCAACCCAAACCUUUCCUUGCUGUUUACAACAGCACUGAAUCUACUGUCGCUGUCGAGAGUCAACGCUAUGUGCAAUCUUUAGCUAAGCAACCCAAGCCAUUCCUUGCUGCUUAUAACAGCACCGAAUCCACAGUGACUGUUGAAGCGCACAAUUUUGUCAAGGCCUUGCCCAAGGAGCCCAAACCUUUCCUUGCCGCAUACAACAUGACCGAAUCCAGUAUUGCUUCUGAAUCUCAGGCCUAUAUCUCAACAUUAGCCAAGGAACCUAAACCUUUCCUUGCUACAUAUAACCAAACCGAAGCUGCAAUUGCCGCUGAAGCGCUUACACACGUUGCUUCUUUAGCCGAAACUCCCAAGCCUUUCCUUGCAUCCUAUCACGAAGCAGAACCUCAUGUCGAUGACGAAGCUGCCGUUGUAGAUGAAGCGCAUACACAUAUUGUCUAUUUAGCUAAGGAGCCUAGACCUUCCCUUGCCAAGUAUAACAGCACAGAAUCCAUCGUGGCAUCUGAAGCACAACGUUAUAUUGCAGGAUUAGAAAAGGAACCCAAAUCAACCAUCAUCACAGAUAACUCUAGAUCUAUCGCAGUGGAGGAAAAAGAAGUAAACGGUUCUAUCAGCGAGACACCUAAAGAAACAAGUCAACAUAUCAGCACUUUACCCGAGCAAUCCAAAUCCGUAAAAAACCCCACGCCAUACUCGAAAUUAGCAUUAAUAGAAGCAACCACUGCAUCCCAAUUAUUAAACAGUCAUAUCCAAGGAGGUACGGAAGCCAGUGAUUCCGAUGUGGAAGUAGAGAUUGAGGAAGAGAAUCACACAUCCCCUGCCACCACCCCUUCCACCAGCACAUCCUCUUUGCAUUCGGAAAAGAACAAAUUUGCCGAGAUUGCCGCUAAAUCAGCGGCUGCUACGGUUGCAGCCACCGCCGCCGCUGCUGCUGCUGCCGCUGCCAAAACAACAUCACCCCAAGUUUUCGAUAACCUCAAUUAUAACUCGACAUGGAACAAGAUUUUAAAUGAAGGUAUUUUAACAGGCGAGCCUCCAAAAAUGGAAGAAGUAGGAAAUAACGAGAAGAGAGAAUGGACGAGAGAAGAAAAGAUUUGUAAACAAACUCAAUCACAUAUGCCUAAGAUGAAGAACCGUUGUGAUUAUUGGCCCAAUUGUACCAACAAACACUGUAAAUUCUCUCAUCCCACAGCACCAUGCAGAGUGGGCGAUGGCUGUUUGUUUGGAAAGAGAUGUUCAUUCAUUCAUCCCGAGGAUUAUAACGAGGCACCAAAAAGACGUAGCACUGGUCCUUUAAGUCGCAAAAGUUCAUACCGUCAAAAAGAAUAAAUAAAUAUAAUAAUAAAUAAAUAAAAUGUAUCAUAUCAAAAAAAAAA